AUGAUCGAUAAUUGUUGAAACUCCUUUUUUCGGUAGACAACAUUGGUUGCCAAAAAAAGAACCAAAUCAAAUUAUAUCAAAGCAGCCAAUGCGACCAAGCCAAAUGCAGGGAGAACUUGAGCGGCACCAGCAACCAGUGGAACUGAUGGAACGGUAGAUGGUGCUGGCUUGGAAGAGUUUGGAAUUGGAGAAGCUUUCGACGAUGAGGCAAUCGGAAUUGAUGAUGUUAACGAGGUUGGCUUGGCUGAACUUGGAACCGAAGAGGGUUUCAAUGACAGAACGAGCGGAGCUGAUGAAGUUGAUGAGGCUGGCUUUGCUGAACUUGGAACUGAAGAGGGCUUCAACGAUGAAGCGGAAGGAGUCGACGAAACCGGUUUGGAUGAAUAUGGGAUAGAAGAGCCUGGCUUUGAGGAGGCAGAAACUGGAAUUGAGCUGGAGGGUUUGCUAGAAGCAAGAGUAGUGUUCGAGAAAAAUGGCUUGGAUGACGAGGGUGGGAUUGACGACGCUGGUUUAGAAGAUGAGGGUGGGAUUGACGAUGAUGGCUUGGUUGUGGUUGACGAAAGCUCACAGUAG